GAAUGGCCGAACAAGAUGAUGAUGUAGGAGCUAUUUUUGAUCAAUAAAACAUAAAAAGAAUUUAUGAGGAGUAAUAAAGAAUGGAAGCAAAAUUUAAGGAGAGUGGAUGGUAAUUGUUUUCUCGAUCUCCACCUAAAAUAAAUUCUUCAAAACCUCUUUAAUUUAUGCAAUUAGAAUGUGAUUAUUAUACUUAAGGGUAAUAAAGUGUAAUAAGAAUGUUUGGUGUUACAGCUGAAGGGAAUUCAAUACUAUGUCAUGUUUUUAAUUUUUUAUCAUUCUUUUAUAUGCAAGCACCAGUUGAAUUACUUUUAGAGCCUUAACAUAUCUAAUAAUUUUAAAAAGAAUUUAAUGUAUUAUUAGCAAAACAGAAAAAUUUUGGUGGUAAAGAACCAAUAUUAAAAAUUGAAGUUUGUUAGAAAGAAUCAAUAAGAUACUACAAAGGAGAUAAUAAAAAAAUAAAUUAUUUAAAGAUAUAUGUUGUGCAACCAGUUUAUGUUGCAUAAAUAAGAAAUUUCUUAAAAAGUGAUAAUAGAAUGGUAUGUGAUAUGGAAUUACCUUAAUUAACAUUUGAAUCAAAUAUACCAUAUGCAUUAAGAUUUAUGAUUGAAUAUGAUAUUGUUGGUAUGGGUUGGAUAGAAUUGAAAGACUAUGUAAUAAGAGAUGAUUAAAACAAAAUAUCAUCUUGUUAGAUAGAAAUCAAUGUAGAUUGUUUACAUGUAAAAUCAAUACCAUUGGAUGAAAAAUCAGAUAUUGCUCCAUUAAGAAUUUUAUCAUUUGAUAUUGAAUGUGCAGCUGAGAAAGGAUUUCCAAAUGAGGAACAUGAUCCUAUAAUAUAGAUUGCUUGUAUUGUUAAAGUACAUAAUCGAAGUGAGGAAUUAAUUAGAGUUGUAUUUACACUUGGAGAUUGUGAAAAGAUUCCAGGAGCAUGGGUUAAGUCUUUUUAGAAAGAGGAAGAUUUACUAAAUGAAUUUUAAGUGUUUUUUUCAGGAUUAGAUCCUGAUAUUAUAAUAGGUUAUAAUAUUUAGAAUUUUGAUAUACCUUAUAUAUUGAAUAGAGCACACAAUUUAAGAUUAAAGAAUUAUGGUAUAUUUGGUAGAAUACCUACAACAUAAUCAGUAAUUAAGAAUGGUAAAUUCUUAAGUAAGGCAAUGGGAAUGAGAGAAACAAAAGAUAUUAAUAUUGAAGGGAGAAUAUAAUUGGAUAUGAUGAUUCACAUGAUGAAAGAACAUAAACUUUCAUCUUUUUCAUUAAAUAAUGUUAGUUUUCAAUUUUUAAAAUAAUAAAAAGAAGAUGUACAUUAUUCAAUUAUUUAUACACUUUAAAAUAGUAAUUUAUUUAUUUUAUAAUAUUUUAGAAAGUCCUGAGACAAGAAAGAGAAUAGCAGUAUAUUGUUUAAAAGAUGCUGAAUUACCAAUAUUAUUAAUGGAUAAAUUAUGUUGUCUUUAUAAUUAUACAGAAAUGGCAAGAGUUACAGGUGUACCUAUUAAUUAUUUGUUUAUGAGAGGUUAACAAAUUAAGGUUGCAUCUUAGUUAUUGAGAAAAGCCAAACAUUAUGAUUUCAUAAUACCAACAGAGCAUUUUAAAUCUACAGAUUAAGAAUAUUAAGGAGCAUUCGUAUUAGAUCCAGUAAAGAAUUUUUAUAAGGUUCCUAUUGCUACUCUUGAUUUUGCUUCCUUAUAUCCAAGUAUUAUGAUGGCUCAUAAUAUGUGUUAUAGCACAUUGUUAAAUACAUCUCCUAAUAAGGUUGGUUUAGAAGAGGAACAAGUUACAAUAUCUCCAGAAACUAAUGCAAUAUUUGUUAAACCAAAUAUUAGAAAAGGAAUGCUUCCAUUAAUUCUUGAGGAUUUAAUUAAUGCAAGAAAGAAAGCAAAAAAUUAAUUAGCUUAAGAAACUGAUCCAUUCAAAAAAGCAGUUUUAGAUGGUAGAUAAUUAGCAUUGAAAAUAUCAGCUAAUUCUGUUUAUGGAUUUACAGGAGCUUAAGUUGGUUAAUUGCCUUGUUUAGAAAUAUCAGCUUCUAUUACUAGUUUUGGUAGAUAAAUGAUUCAAUUUACAAGAGAUACUGUAUUAGAACAUUAUAGCAAGAAAAAUGGAGCAUAAUUUGAUGCAGAAGUUAUUUAUGGUGAUACAGAUUCAGUUAUGGUUAAAUUUGGUGAUUAUUCAGUUGAAUAAGCUAUGGCUUUAGGAAGAGAAGCAGCUGCUUUGAUUUCUAAAAAAUUCAUAUAACCUAUUAAACUAGAAUUUGAAAAAGUUUAUUUUCCAUAUUUAUUAAUGAAUAGAAAGAGAUAUGCUGGAUAAUUAUGGACUAAACCUGAUAAACCAGAUAAAAUUGAUACAAAAGGUAUAGAAAGUGUUAGAAGAGAUAAUUGUUUUCUUAUUAGAAAAAUGGUUACAGAAAUUUUAUACUUUUUACUUAUUAAAUAAGAUGAAAAAUCAGCUGUUUAAUAUACAAAAGAAUAAAUUAGAAAUUUAUAUUUAAAUAAAGUUGAUAUCUCUGAAUUGGUUAUUACUAAAUCAUUAAAUAGUAAAAAAGAAGAUAAAGAUGGAGGUAAAGAUAAAGAUAAAAAGAAAAAUUAAAAUGAAGAUGAUGGAAAUAAAUUAACUAAAAAUUAUAAAUAAAAAUAAGCUCAUGUUGUUGUUGCAGAAAAAAUGUAGAAUAGAGAUGCUUCUAAUGCUCCAUCUGCUGGUGAUAGAAUUGCCUAUAUUAUUAUUUAAGGGGCUAAGGGAUCUAAAACUUAUGAAAAUGCAGAAGAUCCUGUGGAAGUUUUGGAGAAAGAUUUUCCUAUUGAUUUUGAUUAUUAUGUCAAUAAUCAAAUCAAAAAACCAAUCAUGAGAUUAUUUGAAUUUGUAAUACCUAAUCCAGAGAGUAUAUUUGUUGGUGAUCACACAAUGUCAAGAUAUAUACCAAAAGUUAAUAUAAAUUCUGCAUUGGGUAAAUUUGUCUAAAAAAGAACAGCUUGUUUAAAUUGUAAGAAAGUUAUAAAAGAAAAUGAAGCUCUAUGCAAUUUUUGUCAUGAUAAAACUUUAGAAAUUAUGACAAAAUCAUCAAUUGUAUUUAUAAUAUUGUUAAUAAAUUUUAGAAACUUUAAGAGUUAUAAAUUAAUUAUCAUAAAUAUUGGACAACUUGUUAGAGUUGUUAAGGAUCUUUAUUAGGAGAUAUUUUAUGUAGUAAUAGAGAUUGUGAAAUUUAUUAUAAAAGAAUCAAGGUUUAACGUGAUCUUAAGGAAUAAUGGGAUGAAAUUGAUAAAUUAUAUGCUUAAUAAUAAUGA